AAUCAAAAAAACAAACAUUCAUACUAUUUGUUUUAAAUUAUGCUUAAAACCAGAAGGUCCUAAACGAAAUUAAUUUACUCACUUCACAUCAUGUUUAUGAGAAACGUAAAUAUAAACAAUUCAUUACGACGUAGUUAACGUUAACCAAGCAUUUGCAGUUAAUCAAAUUACAUUUACGGUUAGCCGUGCUUGUGACGAAACUAUGAAGAAGACGUCCAAUUUUCGGUAGUACCUAAUAAUGCUUUAUUUAAGUUUUUUUGUUGGUUUGUGUCAAAUUUUAGUGUGUAACUGCCAAACGUUCAAAAGUCCGGAUUCGUUCAUAACCAGAUUUCCUUCCGGUGGUGCAAUGGGAAUUUACGUAGCCGUAGUCUUUCCCAUAGAUCUUCCUGGUCGCGAAGCGUCGUUAGGUUGGUUUUUUGAGGCAAUCCAUCCCUUACCUGACAACAACACUCAAUUCACGGUGCCUGUGUUGGAAGGGCGAAUGGAUAAAAUUGAUAGAAAACACGUUUACACAGUUGUAGAAAACAGAAUCAAAUCAAAAGGAUAUUCGGGCAAGGAAUGCUUAUUAAGAGCGAUUUGUGAAGUAGCAAGCUAUCCUUUGCAGCAUUCCAAUGGACUCAUUGGUGAUUUAUUGCAGAUUUUUUUAUCGCCUUCAUCAUCGAAGAAUAUCGAUUUACCUUCAGAGUAUACUAAUGCCGAAUUAUUAGGAAAAAGUAGUGAUAAUUGCACGAAUUAUUUUAAGAACUGUAGUGUAAGUUUAAUGGAGUUAUUUACAAAAUUAAGCACAUAUUAAUUAAUCAGACUGAGAUAUGCUUAAUUAUUAAAAUAGUAAUUGACUGA